ACCACCACGAUCCAAUCGGGCGACGCAGCGCCAACGUAGCGGCAAAGUUUGGAGGCAGAGAUGUUAUAUAUCUCCAGCCCAUUUAUACCAUGAAUCCGUUGUAGUAACGAUGCAUAGCAACCAAAUAUAUGACGCCAACACAAUCUCUGAAGUUAGCAAACUAACAGGUUGGAUGUGCACCCAGUUAUCAGAAUAUGGACGUUCCAUUCGCCAUGGGUAUUCUCGGCUAACUAGCAACUAAACCAGCAUGAAUGACAAGCUAAGUGUAACAACAGUCACUGUUUUGGCUUGCUAAAGGUUUUAAGUUGACUUUAGGUAUGCAAAGUUAGUUGCAAUGUAGCGUAUCUGUUAAAUAAUAACACACACAUAUAUUGUUCCGUUCGCAAAGUUCCUUUUUUUCUAAAAUGAGCCAAAUCACGAAGCUCGGACUGAGAGGUGAGUCAAGAAACUUGACGUUAGACUCAACCUUGAGAGACUGGACGCAUGUUCCCCCUGAGAGCCCUGAAGCGAUGCCCAAAAACAUGCAGGACCUUAUCUGCGAAUUCAAAACCCUUUAUGAGGAGAAGAUAAAGCGCUUGGACCUUGAGACAUCUGCAACCCCUGAAGAAAAGCUACAGAUGAAAGUGUAUGCCCUGCAGUCUUACGUCAGUGAUCUGACAAACCAGAACCAGGUUCUGGUGGAGGCCGUUGAAGACCUUGAGAAAGAAGCUCAACACAAGGUCUCCAGUGUGGGCAUGAAGCUCCAACCCUCUGACUCUAUCGUUCAUGAGCGGAUGCAGCAGAGGUGGUCCUUGGGGCGCAGUGCGUGCAGCCUACAGCCCACUGGGGACACAGAGUGCAGGUCAGCCGCGAGCAGCAUCACGCCACUCCUCCAGCCGGCAGGACGUGUGCCGCGCAACCCGGAUGUGCCUGAGGUUGAGCUGAGGUUGCCAUCCACGGCUCAGAUGGACGGACGGCCCCGAGGACACACGGACCCGGGGCGGACGGUGGACGUGGAGGCCCAGCGGAGAGCCUGGUGCCCUGGCCUCUCUGGGUGGCCUAGGGAGCUCGACAGGGACUCCCCGGACCAGAGAGAGAUUGUGCGUCUGGAGGAUUGGCCCGGGAAGGCGGAGGGAGAGGGCUGGAGGGUCGGAGCCGAGGCAGCGGCGCUCCAGACCCGCCGCAGGCUGCUAUUAGCGGGCGGAGACCCGGGGAGACACGCCCAGACGGGGCAGGACAGAGGGCUGCAGCGUGUCAGACACUCGGAGCCGGAUGCUGUGCCUCAGUGCAGAGACUCUCAGGGGUCUAUAGAGAGAGCUCUCUACGUGCAGGAGAAACACUGUCAACAGCUGUCCCUGGACAACUCCCAGCUCCCAGACAGCCUGGCUGCACUGCAGAACAAGACCUCUGCGUGGAGGGUGGGCGACCUCAGCAGGAGCCUUGGCCAGGAGAGACAGCCGGUCCAUGACCAGCUACAGAGCACCAAGGAGAGUCAUCAGGUCCAGGACCAGCUACAAAGAACCAAUCAGGAGAGCCCUCAGAAACUGCAGGUCCAGGACCAGCUUCAGAGCCCCAACCCAGAGAGCACCAACCAGGAGAGCUGGCAGGUCCAGGACCAGCUACAGAGCACCAAUCAGGAGAGUCAGCAGAAUCAGCAGAUCCAGGAGCAGCUACAAAAGGCCAACCAGGAAGUGGGCCGCCUGCGACAGGAACUGGCACAACUGCGUCACACUGCCGAAAAAAAGAUCCAGCGGAGGGAGGUCAAGCUGGCUGCCCUGGUGAAGGAGCUGGAGGAGAGGAAGAAGCUGGGAUCUGACUGUCAGAAAGAAUUGCCGUGCACACAGAGCUCCUCGGAGCGGCUGCAGCGGGAGGCGGCCCGGCUCCGAGCCAAGAUGGAGGAGCGCGGCCGGGUCUGCGCGGGCCUCGCUCGGGACAAAGAGCGAUUAGAGAGGGACCUGGCCCGCGGCCACGAGGACCGCCGCGCCGCCCACCUAGAGGUGAGGAGCAGAGAACAGCUGAUCAUCCAGCUGAGAGCAGAGAUGAAGGCCACUCAGCAGACUCACCACAGGACCCUGGAAGAGAUGUCCGCCCUGCAGAGGGAAGUCAGCCGUCUGACCGAGGACAUGGGAGGGCGGCAGGAGGAGACGUGUCUGCUGAGAGGGAAGGUCAGGGAGCAGGAAGAGAUUGCAGAACAGAAGGAGAAGGAACGAGUUCAGCUCCACCUCCAGCUGUGUGGCAGCCAGCAAACAGGUACGGUCCCAGGCGGAGUCCGUCCGCCAGUUGACCUCUGACCUAGAAGCGGUCAAAGCGGCCCACGCGGCGGACGCCGACCACUGGGGCCGGAGACGAGGCCAGCUGCACAGCCGGUCCGAGCAGGUCAGCGCCCAGCUCGCCCAAUCAGAGGCCAGGCUCAGAGAGAGCGAGGCCGAGGUCACCAGUCUCAAGGAGAGCUUGGUCCGGGCCAAGGCGGGUCGGAGGGAAGCCGCAGACAAGGCUUAUGAAGGUCUGAUGAAGACGAGGGACGCAGAGUUGGAAUCUACACACCGUCAGUUGGUAGGGUCUCGUGAGGACCUGAAGGAUGCCAAAGCGUGCGCCCCGGAAACACGAGGAGGAGCGUGGCCAUAUUCAAGCAGAAGUACGCUGUUGCCAUAGAGAAGAUGCAGCAGUGUUCAGGGCCAGGCGGACUGCAUGGAGGAGGAGCUGUGCUAUUCACAGCAGCAGCUAAGAGACUCCCUCUUAGUAACGAGUGCAGCCAAGGCACAGCUUGGCCGAGCUGGAUGGGCAGUACCGGGAGAUGUUCAGCCAAUGGGAGCACUCAAAAGAGGCCCAGGCCCAGCUGACGGACGAGCUGCAAGCCAAUCAGAGUCAGCUGAGAGAGAGCCAGGCCAAAGUGUGCCUGAGUGAGGGCCUCGUUGUGGCAUUGAACAAACAGGUGGACGAUCUGA